AUGGAUUUUCAUCAAGUCGAAAGAAGAGACAAAUUCCCUAUUUUCAAUGGAGAAAAUCCAGAAGGUUGGAUUCGAAACGUAGAAAGGUACUUCCGCUUGAAUCCAUGUACUGGACAGGUACUUAUGCAUGGAAGACAGGUUUCCCUUCUGUGAUCGGCGAGAUUUCAAGAUCCAGUUGGAACGUCGUUUUGGAUCUUCAGGCACCAGCAACAUAGAUCAUUGUCUCCUUAACCUCAAGCAAGAGGAAUUGAUCCCUAAAUUUAGAGCUGAAUUCAAACAAUUGGCAGCAUAUCUCCCAUGCAUACCUAUUGAAGUCCUUGAGGACACAUACCUAAAAGGGUUGAAACUUGAAAUCAAAUCAGAACUCACAGUGUACAAGCCAAAUGGCCUUGGGGAGAUCAUGGACACAUUGGUCCAAUUUGAGAUCCACCUCCAAAUAGUCUAA